CGUUUCGAAUGCUGCUUACUUUGGUAAGAAGCGAACAGUUCUUCUGCGGGAGCUGAGAGUGCUGUGACUGUCGGCGUAGCAAGGUUCAAAGUUGCUUCUGAUCCGCAGCUUUGGAUUUUUGCCAACUCGGAUUGAGGUUGCUCUGUGAAAGCGGGCGAGAUACAAUGUAUCCAAGCCUGCUCUCUCAUUGCUCCGUGGUCCUCUGACGAGCUAAAACCCCACUGUCUAUGGAGGGACAAACGAAGAGCGCAACGCUCAGGUACCAAGUACCCCCAUUUCGGUUAUCUGGGAGAUGGUAACAAAUGAACGGCACUGGAGGGAACAUGGUUGAGAGGACCAGCAAAUUUUUGUUGAUCGUCGUCGGAUCCGUCUUCUUCAUGAUGAUUUUAUAUCAGUACGUGGCUCCUGGGGUGAUGAACUUCGGGUCUCCACAGGGGUACCUCGCCGAGGACAAUAUGGAUAUUUUCCCUACUCCGGAUCCCCAUUAUGUAAAAAAGUACUACUUCCCUGUCAGAGACUUGGAACGCACCGUUGAUUUCGAGAUCAAGGGUGAAGACGUGAUAGUGUUUCUUCACAUACAGAAAACUGGCGGAACCACUUUUGGCAGGCAUCUGGUGCAAAAUGUUAGACUAGAAGUCCCGUGUGAUUGCAGACCAGGGCAGAAAAAGUGUACAUGCUACCGUCCCAACAGAAAGGAGACCUGGCUGUUUUCGAGGUUCUCCACUGGCUGGAGUUGCGGGUUACAUGCAGAUUGGACCGAGCUCACAAACUGCGUUCCUGGAGUGCUCAACAAGAAGGAAAACAAAUCGAAAAAACUGAGGAAGUUCUACUACAUCACCCUGCUGAGGGACCCUGUGUCACGCUACCUGAGCGAGUGGCGCCAUGUGCAGCGCGGCGCCACCUGGAAGACGUCCCUCCACAUGUGCGACGGGCGCACGCCCACGCCCGAGGAGCUGCCGCCCUGCUAUGAGGGAACGGACUGGUCCGGCUGCACGCUGCAGCAGUUCAUGGACUGCCCCUACAACCUGGCCAACAACCGGCAGGUGCGCAUGCUCGCCGACCUUAGCCUGGUGGGCUGCUACAACCUCUCCACCGUGCCCGAUAAGCGGCGCUCGCAACUUCUCCUGGAGUCGGCCAAGAAGAACCUGCGCGACAUGGCCUUCUUCGGUCUGACGGAGUAUCAGCGCAAGACGCAGUUCCUGUUCGAGCGCACCUUCCGACUGCGCUUCAUCCGCCCCUUUGUGCAGUACAACAGCACGCGGGCAGCCGGCGUGGACCUGGACAAUGACACGGUGGCGCGCAUCGAGGAGCUCAACGACCUGGACAUGCAGCUGUAUGACUACGCUCGCGACCUCUUCCAGCAGCGCUAUCAGUACACUCGGCAGCUGGAGAGACGCGCGCACCGCUUGGCGCUUCGGGGUCGCGGUCUCGAUCCCCGGGAUUUUCUCAGAGAUGAGGGCGGUAUGGGGGGCGAAGGGACAGCCAGGCUGCCCACAGAGGACUACAUGAACCACAUAAUUAACAGGUGGUAGCCCCCACCCCAACCACCCACCUAGACACCCACUUUCCUGACCUCCCCAUUGUCUGGUAUGGUGAGGUUGCAUCAGAGUGAAUGUUUAGGAAAGUUUAAAUUUGGCACUUGUGGUUUGGGAAGGAGACAAUUGCAGAGGAUUGGGUGACUUACCUAUGGACUUUGCAUGAGCCAAGCUGUGGGUUGCGGACCAGAUGAUAUCCCUUCUAGCUCCUAGAUGACAUAGACGUUUUGGUCUUCUUAGACUAUGUGGAGAGGUCAGAUAUUUGUGAUUGGAAGCCCAUGAUAAACCUGAGUCACCCUCUGGAGUUCUAGAAGCAGCAACUGUCUCUACACUCCUCAGAUUUUCCUUUACAAAGUAAACAAACUUGUUUUACUUGCCGUUCUAUGUCUUAGCCCACAAGAAUAACCUAUGUGCUUAAUAAGUUGUUUGAGGAGUUUCAAAGCAGUGAGAUGAGAAAUUACCUGUACUUUGGGCCAAAAGUAUUUCAAUAGUGUCUAAGCAAAGGACAUUUCCGACAAGCUAUCUUUUUAUUUAUUCAAUUGCUUUCUGAUCAUUUGAAAUAGAUAUUUUUCCAAUGUGAGAGACUAUUUGGCCCACCUUGAUAUACAGUAUGGCACUUGUAAGUGAUAUAAAGUCAUGAUUGUCAUAACAUACCCAUCAAUUUGCUGAAAGUUUACUAACAUGUAUCAAAGUUUAGAGUUAUAUCUUAAUAUAAAUGACGGAUAAACAGAUUUUUUUUUUUACACUUGUAUGUUUUCACCAUUUUGUCUGAAUGUCUAUGAAGAGGCCAGUCUCUUUGGUUCCGAUGUAUUUUAAUUCACCCGUUGGAUUGUGAUCUGUACACUAAAGGAGAUGUACAUGAAUGAGAAGGUAAAUGAUUGACAUGAAGGUUCGUCAUGUGAUUGUCUAGGAACAUUUUCGACCACAUAAUCUACAUACAACAAAGGAUGCUCAACAGGAGACGGACUGGGGGUCUCAUACUGAAGGGAGACACUAAAAACAGGAAACACUGUCAUUCUUAUUACUUGUACAAAGGUGUGUGUGUGUGUGUGUGUGUGUGUGUGUGUGUGUGUGUGUGUGUGUGUGUGUGUGUGUGUGUGUGUGUGUGUGUGUGUGUGUGUGUGUGUGUGUGUGUGUGCGUGUGCACUUUUGUUUCUGUGCUUUCAUGCUCAAUACAUUUCCCUUCUCUGUUUGGGAUCAAGUGUGUCAUUUAAAACCAGAAUACAAUGAACAUGUGUAAUGGAUGGAUUAUUAGCCGAGGUUGCCAUGCUCCCCAAGAUGUGUUUUAUUUUUAAUAAUGCAUAUUUAAAUGUAUAAAAGUGCAGGUAAAAUAUUAAAGUUGAAGAAUGGACAGCCUCUUGCCAACCACAAACUCUUUUUGUUAAUAAUCUUUUAAUUAAAAAAAAAAAAUAGAAUGAUCCCCUGGAGAGCGGUGUGUUUAAUUAAAAUUCAAACACAAUGGGUAUGGACAUGAUAUAACCAUUAUCAUUAAAUACUGGUGUAUAUGGAACCUCCAUAUUUGUCCUAUUUAUAAUUCUGCUCAUAAAGUCUCCAAUCCAACAGCAAAUACUGUGAUCCCACAGGCAUGGCCAGUACUAAAAACAGGGCCACAUCUGAAUGUUUUGGGAGUGUUAAGAUGCUAAGGAAUUAUUAUUAUUAUUAAGGAAAUAUGGACCAGUGUGUGCAGAUCCUGCAAAUGACUCAUAGUCUUGUCAUCAAUAGCAGAAUGUUUGUUUGAAUGAGUUAUACUUAUGUCCCAGGGCUCAUAAGCAACCAUUUCACGGUAAAGUCUACACCAGUUGUAUUCGGUGCAUGUGACAAAAUAACAUUUGAUUUGAUUUGACCCUCUCCAGAGCAGAGGUCAAACAAUGGGUUCCGGAAGAUUCCGCUGAUGCAAAGUAUUUUUUAUCUUAUUUGGGAAAGAUAGUUUUGGGGAGGAUUGGUUACAAAUCGUGUG